AUGGCAGACGACGAUGCGGCGUCCGUGCGGGUGGCCGUGCGUAUCCGUCCGCUCAUUGGUCGCGAGAAAGUCGAGCGGUGUGACGAGUGCGUGUCCGUGCUAGAAGAGGAGAAACAGAUCGUCAUGGGCAAGAACCGCGCGUUCACGUACGACUACGUCUUUGGCAAAUACGCCCAGCAGAGCGACAUCUGGUGCUGUGUGGAUCCACUCAUUCGGGCCACGUUUGAUGGCUACAAUUCCACGAUCUUUGCUUACGGCCAAACGGGCUCGGGAAAGACGUACACUAUGGGCAGCGGCAGCGCGGUGCAUAUCCCACCGGAGGAUUACGGCAUUAUUCCGCGAGUGAUCAGCUACAUGUUCGAUCAAAUGGACGGCAAGGCACAGGAAAACGAGCACUACAAGGCCACGCUCAAGAUUCGGUUUUUGGAAAUCUAUGGAGAGGAAAUCCAUGACCUCCUCGUGCCGUUGGGGGGCUCGACAGGAGUCAAUAAAGUCAGUUUACGCGAAGCAGAGCAUGGAGAAGUGCAUGUCACGGGAGCUUCUGAAGUCCAAGUGAUGGACUCGGAUGAGUGCAUGAGGUUGCUUGAGAGAGGCACGUUGUGUCGGACGACGGGCAGUACACUCAUGAACGCCCACUCAAGUCGUUCCCAUGCCAUUUUUACGGUUACUAUUGAACAGCAUAUUCCUAUUGGCAGCCUUCCUGGUGACGGAAGAUCAAUGGGAGAAGGAGAUUACGAGACGAGAAACUCGUACUUCAAUUUUGUAGACCUCGCUGGCUCGGAACGGCAGAAGAGAACUCAAGCAGAAGGCAAACGACUAAAAGAAGGCAUUGACAUCAACAAGGGUCUUCUUGCACUCGGCAACGUAAUCAGCGCAUUGGGAGACGACAAAAAGCGGGGCAAAGUUCACGUUCCGUACCGAGACUCAAAGUUGACUCGUAUGCUACAAGAUUCCCUGGGCGGCAACAGCCGAACAUUGAUGCUUACAUGUGUGAGUCCUGCUGAUGUGAAUUUUGAAGAGACGCUGAACGCGCUUAAGUAUGCAAAUCGAGCGAGGAAUAUCCAGAACAAGCCUGUGGUCAACCGUGAUGAAGCAUCAGCCAUGACGAUAGAAUUACGUCGUCAGGUAGAAAUGCUUCAGAUGGAAGUGCAUCGACUGCGCAAUCCGGGACUUUCGGAAAACGAACUAAGGAUGGAUAGUGUAGGCACGAAUUUCAUUGGUAUGGCGAACGACUUUGACUCAUUUGGCAAUCUCCGAACUCGUGCUGAGAACGCUGAAAGUGAAGUGGCCCGAUUGACAGCUGAGCUGAAGCGUGGUAAAACCCAACUAGAUCAUCUGAAGGAAGAGAUGAUCGCAGCACAAGCAGAACGCGACUACUUGAGGAUGUGCGUCGAGGAAAGUGCAGGUGGAAAUUCUGUGUCUUCGGAGGAGAAAGAGGCAAAGUCAAGUGUCUUAAAAGAACAGCUCCGGACAAUUUAUGAACUGCAAGAAAAGCUGCGAGCAACCGAGCAAGACCGCGACAACGUCAUGAUACAUUAUCCGGGAUUAGCCACCAGCAGCAAGUGUAGUGGAGAUCGACCAGCGUCUGCUGCUGUAUUCGUCCUUCCCUCCCUAGCGGACGUCAACACAAACGUCGGUGGUGAGCAAUUACUUGAAAGGGCGGAGAAGGAGAUUGAGAGAGAAACAGCUCUGCUUAAUAAACUGAGAGAAGGUGAUAGCGGCGAUGGUGCAGGCGCUGACAAUGAUGGAAGCGGAGUCGACGAUGAUGGUGAAGGCUCGGCGGACGGCACUGAAGUUGAGGAGGAAAAGCAAGAGGAAGCAGAUCGUAUGCGCGUGUUCCAGCGACGUCAGCGUCACCUUGGCGAGUCGGUUCAGGACCUGGCUCACGAUAUUUCUCUGAAGGAGCAGCUGGUGCAAAACAUUCGUCAAGCUCAAGAAAACUUCGACAGGAUGAGGAGUUUUUAUGAACAGAAGAUGGCGCAAAUGGUGGAAGAGAUGUCCAAUGCUGAGGUGAAUCGUGACCGUCUUGUGGAGGAGAUCCAACAGAUCGAAAAGAAGGCAGCAGAUGGAGGUGAUACGUCGGGAGAGAACGGGCGACUGGCAAUGCUAUCACGAGAACUGAAGGUGAAGGAAGAAGAACUUCGCACGCUUCGGAAGAAGCAAAACGACAUAAGCCGUUUUAUGAACCAGAAGAAAAAGAACGAAAUGCAGCUACGUGUAUUGAACUCGGAGAUCAGUAACAUGAAGCGGCAAAAGGUGGACCUCGUCAAGAAAAUACAGGAAGAGAGAAAACGAUACGAAGAUGAGGCUAAACAGCGGCGCCGCGAGAUUAUGAGCCUCAAGCGCAGUCAACAGCGUGACAAGCAGCACAUCUUGCGCUUGGGCUCUCAGAAGGAUGCGCAGGAGCGGGUGCUCAAGCGAAAGAUGGAGGAAGUCACGGCUGCAAAACAAAAGCUGAAGCAUCAGCAGCAGCUGACUGCCGAGGCAAAGAAAAUGAACUCCGCAUACAGUCGAAAGAAGACUGCUGAAUCUAGCCGAGCUGAUCGCGAUGCCAAAUGGUUGUCCGAAGAGGUGAAACGGCGCGCCGAGGAGCAGCAAAAGCUGGAACAAUUGCAGAAAGAACGGGAGACUGUGGCGCAGGAGAUGGAGGUACUCUACGCUCAGCGAGAUCAGCUUGAGAAGGAAGUGAAGAACUCGAUCGCAUCUCAGCCCGGUGUCUUGGACGUACGAACUCCAUCGACGCGAAGCUCGCUGCAUGGGCAUUCGAACAGCGAAGAACGAGAACAACAACUUACUGCUACUGAAGAGCAGUUGCUCUUUGACUUGGAGGAACGGAUCGAAGCUUGUCACGCCCAGCUGGAGUACAAGGAAGAAAAAAUAUCGGAGAUUUCGGACGACGUCCGGGUGGUUGAUGAAGGGAAUGCGCUGGCGAAAAUUGAAAUGACGCAGUCUUUGCCUGAGGCUCGUAUGCUUCUGAAAAUGCUUUUCAGUAUAGCUGUCGAUGUAAAGAAGCAGGAUCAACGAAGGGAGCAAGAACUCGCCAAACUUCGAGUCGAAAAAGCCGAUCUUGUUUGUCGUCUUGAGCAAGAGCGAGAGAAAACGGUGCAAAUAAAGCAGAGUUACGAAGAGUCCUUGCAACGUGUGGCUCACGGUGGAAUAAGCUUUGGUGAGCUGUCUUCUGCACAUGAGACGCUUGAUGAGCGGAGUCGAGUGUUGUUGUCUGUGUCAGAAGAGAGAAGCUCGGUGUUGAGGAAGAAGUGCGAAGAGUUGGAAAGGAUUUCUUCCGCCAUGAGCCGAGAAAAUCAGUUGAUCGAAGACCGUCUUCAGCAAGAGCAGUCCGACCUUGCCGCUAGCAGAGAGCGGGUACGAUAUCUGGAAGCAAAGUUAAGGAGACUAGGCGCUGUUGCUGCUGGAGCAAGCCAGAAACCAGCCCGGUCUCGCAGUUCAGUGGUCAACAAGCUCGCUGCAGUGCAACGACGGGCACAAUCGCGGCCUACUUCCUGGACCAACAGGCAGGAUGACGAUGAAGAUAUGGCUACAGACGAAAACGAUGAUGGGCAUGAGCCGGACGGGAAUGAGGACGUCCUCAUGACAAGUGAUGACGAUAACGCCAAAACUUCUCGUUUGCUUGGCCACGAUCGCCGCCAUUUUGGGAUGGAGUCGGAUACUGUUGGUGGUAGUGAUCUGGAACUCGAGUCGAUGUCAUUGCAAAAGAGGUCGUUGCUACUGCGACAUGACGGUGAAGAAUAUGGUUUCCAUGACGAUGACGGGAGAGACAAUGCGAUGUCACCGCACAUGUGUAGCGACGAUUCUUCUUCCGCCGCAUCGAGAUCAAUUUUCUCGCGACUAUCGAACCCAACGAAUUUCACUGGUAUUCAUAAGAAUCGUGUGCGCGAGAGCGCAUCCAAGCGUGAAGUCCUCCACAGCCGCUCGGAGCGUAAUCGCGUCAGGCGCUUGAAGGACAAAGGGCAGCUUAAGUCAUCGAAAUCAUUGAAAGCUGCGACGGAACCAUUUGGAGCACCACCAGCAGGCGUUAAGAGUCCAGGUUCGAUCAAGAGCAACUCGGUCUUAGAAGUGCUCGCCAAUUUAAAGCGAGAGAACGAGUUCGAACACCACUUCAACAGCUCGUCCAGCUUGCGACAUCCGAUGUCCUACAUCACUACAGACCGGCCACGUGACUACAGUAGCGACGACAAAGAGCUUGCUGUCUCGGGAGUAGACGCAUUCAGCACGAUACCCCCUCCACCCCCUCAAGGUGACGUAUAUUCCCGUUUAGCGGGCCAAUACACGGCGUCAGCAAAGGGCAAACGUCAACCCGCGGCUGCUGCAACCCGUCGUGAACAGGCAGAUGUAGGCGAAAGCCCUGGAAAAGCCUUGGUACGUCGAGUCGAGCCAGAAGGGCAUGCGCACGUUGUUGACCAGCAUGGCUGUAACGAAGGUGCCGAUUGUCCUGGCAGCGAGAGCGAGUCCAGCUAUGAUCCGCUUCUCGGUGGUGACAGCCUCAUCAAACAGGUUCAUGACGAUUAUCAGGAGCGCUUAGCCCGGCGGAGUGCCGAUGCAAGAAGCCGAUUGCGUACCAAGGAUUGA